UCGGCCCUCAAGGUCACCGAUGGAGAAUGUCCUCAAAGGAGUGGUAGCGUACGUUGAUGUCAAAUCAUCAUUUGGAAACCCGGCAAUCGCUCUUAUUGCCAGUCUUGAAUCUUUAGGAGCUAAAGUGUGUCAUACUUUAAGUCACUUAGUUACACAUGUUAUUUUUCGAAAUGGCUCAGAAGUGGUCAGAAGUUGGGCUAAAAAGAGAAAUAUACCAGUAGUAUCUCCAGCAUGGGUAAAGGCUUCUAGAAUGAUGAAGGUUAAAGCUCCCGAGGCGGCCUACUUUGAAAAGGAGGACGGAAGUGAUCUCUCUGAAUUACCCACAAAACUGGAUAAUGAAGAUAGUAGUGAUGUAAAGGUUAUAAAUCGAACUGGUGUGGAUAUUUCAGACAGGGAAUACAACAAUGGAUUGUCAGUUUUUAAACCGAUUCGUGUGAGUGAGAAAUUUAUUAGACCGAAAACACCUCCUGGGAUGAGGGACUUUCUACUUCGUAUUCAGAAAGGUCAAAUAUUAAAUGGAGAAGACACUAUUUGUGAUGAAACUGUACUGAUGAACUCAAGGGAAAACAUUGAAAAUGACGAACCGGGACCAAGUGUUGGAGAAGGCUUCCAAAAUUCCAACGUAAAACCAAAAGCUUUAACUGACUCUCCAAUUACUUCUACUCAAAAUAUAACAGAUCAAUCAAAAGUUUUAGAAUUCCGUAAUUCUUUAUCACCUAUUAUUAAUCAACCUCAAAGUUCAGUUAUCAUUGACGAUAGUAUAAUAAGUAAUUCUUUAAUAGAAAAUUAUCCUGUUACAACUAAUUCUCAACAAAAAUUAUCAUCUAAAUUUCGUCUUAUUAAUCCGAAUGUUGAUUCACCAUCGGAACAAUUAAUUGUUCCAAAAAUUAAAAAAACAUCACAUUUAUUCAAUGAAAUUAAUAACCAAUCAAAAAAAUUGAGAAGGAAAUCAUCUGUUAAUAGUAAAAGAAUUUCAAUUGGUACUCCGCUUACACCAGAUAUUCUACUGGAUUUUGUCAGUUCCACACAUUCAUCAAAAUCGGCUAAUACAAAAAAGCAUAACACUGAAUCUGUAGACAAUAAAUUGGAAAAUGUUCAACAACAAUUAAAAAAGUCAAACUUAUUAACAUAUAGAAAAUCUACAAAAUUAUUCUCGAAUUUAAAAAAUUCACCAUCAGUUACACCUAAAUUACGUAGUAAGUCAAUUCUCAAAGAGGUUAAUCAUAACAGUAAUACCACCACUACUACUACUACUAAUGGUGAUGAUGAUGAUCAUAAUAAUACUAAGGUUAAAUUAAAGACUACGCUAUCUACAGGUAAAAGAACACCAAUUCACAAACAAUCAAGACAGUCUACUCACAAUAGUCAGUCAAAAAGUAAAAGUAUUACAGAGAAGAAAACGAAUAAUAAUGAAGAAAUGAAAAAUCUCUUAGCAUCAUCUAGUCGUAAACAGAAUGUCAAUUCUUCAAAAGACAUUUCAAUUCAACAGCGAAAAAAAUCAAUGAGUGCAUUAUGUACGCAAACAUUACGACCUGUAAUUGUUCGUCUACCAUCCAAUGUAGAUUUAGACGCAACAAAAAUUGUUCCUUGUUUAGAGGACUCAGAAUCACUUAACAAGCAACAAGACAAAUCAAAUCAAACUUUAAUGGUAUCUAAUUCUGUCCAUAAAAAAUCAUGUGGUGUAACCAACGAACUGUUGCCAGACAAUCAUUAUAAAGCAAAGUUAAAUAAUAACGAAAUUACACCACUAUCAACAACACCGAAACGUCUAUCUGUGAGUCAAAUAAAAACUAUCAAUAAACGUAGUAGCUUAGAAGAAUUUCGGUCUACACCGCAGGUAAAACGCAAAGAUAUGUCGAUAAGAUCUCCAAUAGCGUCUGAAAUAGGUGCAACAAGGAUCAGCAUAGUAUUUAGUGGAACUCAAUCAGAAGAAGAACAAGUUUUGAUUGCACUACUGAAAUCAAGCAAUUUAAUUGGUUAUGAUAUAAUUAAACCUUCGUUUUCACAUUCUCAUUUAACAAGAACAAAAUGUAAACUUGGUACAGCUAAUCGUUCUUCUGGUUUAUCAGAAUUUACACAUUUAGUCACAGAAUCCCCUUGUCGAAGAACAUUGAAAUUAUUUCAUGCUUUAAUUCGUGGUGCACAUAUUGUUACUACUGAUUGGAUACGUCAAUCAGUAACUUUGAAUAUGUGGUUAUCUGAAUCAGAAUUUAAACCUCCUGGAUUACCUCGUUUAUCACGUAUGCAAAGAAUGAAUAGAUUAUUUUCAAGUGUCGGUAUUAUUUAUGUUGAUAUUGAUACAAAACCACCACGUCAAGAUCUUGUGGACUUAUUGAAUUUAGGCGGUGCACUUCUUACCAAUAGGAAAACAGAAGCUACAGUUCUUAUCGGUUGUAAUAUGUCAAAUAAAAUAUGUAUUAAACCGAAGUGGAUUUUAGAUUCUAUAUUUCAAGCCAAAUUAUUAGCAUUGACAGAUUAUGAAAUGUAGACUGGAUUAAUAUUGUUUAAUUUCACUUUUCAAUGUACAUUCAUCUAAGUCUAUUCUCAUAUUGUAAUUUUCAUCUUAAUUAGUUUUCAUUUGUUUGUUUUUUCUUUCUUUCUUAACUGUACAUAAGUUUUGAUUGAGAUCAUGAACCGAU